AUGUCGCAACGAGCAGCACUUCUCAUCGGCAAACUGUCACAUGCCCAGAAAGAAUGGCAGCAAUGUUCAGAGGUAGCCUCGAAGCUGCACGAGUACCCCGAUGGCAACCGCGAAGACUUCCUCUCAAAGUGCAAGAGUGGUGAAUUCGACGGUAUAUACGCCCUUUACCGAAGCAACGACUCGAAUCCGAUUACCGGAGACUUCAACGCGGAAUUGCUUGACGCUCUGCCUAAGAGUUUGAAGUAUGUCUGCCACAACGGCGCGGGAUACAACAACAUCGACGUCGCAGCCUGCACAAAGAGAGGGAUAUCGGUAUCAAGCACACCGAUAGCGGUUAACGACGCGACUGCAGAUGUUGCCAUCUGGCUCAUGCUGGGCGCGCUCCGAAACAUCAAGCAGUCCUACAUGGCAGUAAACAAUGGCAAGUGGCGCGGCAACUUCUCCCUCGGUCACGACCCCAAGAACAAGACACUCGGUAUCCUAGGCAUGGGUGGUAUUGGCUCAGCGGUCGCACAUCGCGCAAAAGCAUUCGGCAUGAAGAUACAAUACCACAACCGUCACCAGCUACCGGGUAGCGAGGAGAACGGUGCGAAGUACGUGAGUUUCGAUGAGCUACUCAAGACAUCCGAUGUCCUCAGCCUGAACUUGGCGCUCAACCCUUCUACCACACACAUCAUUGGCAAGGAACAAUUCAACGCGAUGAAGGAUGGUGUGAUCAUUGUGAACACUGCACGAGGUGCAUUGAUUGAUGAGGCAGCUUUGGUCGACGCGCUGAAGAGCGGCAAGGUCUGGACAUGUGGGCUGGAUGUGUUUGAGGAGGAGCCGAAGAUUCAUCCAGGGCUACUGGAAUGCGAGAACGCGGUAUUGCUGCCUCAUGUUGGAACGGCUACAUACGAAACACAGCGCGACAUGGAGAUACUGGUUUUGGACAACUUGAAGUCGGCUAUCAAGAGCGACAAGCUGUUGACGCAAGUACCUGAACAGAAGGGCAAAGCGAACCUAUAG